AAGGAUAUUGUGUUGCGAAUACCGGCUCGUCUGCACCUAGAAGGGGGUGAAUUCUCGGUGAAACAACGCGGGGGAUUUACCGCGAACAAACUAUGGACCUGGGAGAGGUCGCGUGUUCCACCGUCAGGUGGCGGUAGCUAGAAAACAGUAGGACAGCGUACAAGAGACAGACACCCUGCAACGGGACUGUGUGUUUUUCACAGAAUUGUUUUCCACGUUUUCCCGCAAAAACCACGCUCCCCGACGGUGAUUUUCUGGCCGAGAGGGCCGCAUCUAUCAACCCCACUAUUCCGGCCGGCCGCUCACCUACUCGCAACCAACUACGAAUUAUGUAGUUUUUCCACUUGGUGUACACUCGAUUUGUUCCCGUCUUGCUUAUAAGAGGAAAGGAGCCCAAUGUGGGUGGAAGUGAGAUGGCAUCCAGGGAAAAGAAACCCUUAGCACCUUCCAAAGCAAAACAGAAGGCGAAUAAUGAAAGUGGCUUGUCAUCGAAUGAAAUUAAAAAUAGAAAGGGUAAGACUUUGUCCAAUCUGAAACAACAGCAGCUUGCACGUGAUAUUUUGGAAGCUGUGGCAACUGGCAGUCAGCUUCCUCCAAAAUUAGAGGCAAGCCUGCCGCGUAAAAAGGUUCUUAGGAAUCUUAAGCGUAAACAGAAAUUGAGAGUAGCUAAAGCAAAUCUCAUUAAAUCGAAGGUUCCAAGGAAAGUAGGUAACAGAAAUUUGUGCAGACUAGCUUCAGACAUUAAGAAAAGUGUACGAACGAAAAGGAUUAAAUUACCAGAGGAAAGUGUUGAUAAGACAUUUGAUAAUAAUUCAAAGCUUCUGGAGCAACAAGUAAACGAUAUAGAAAGCGAAAGUGCAGGGACAGAAACAAUUAAUAGAAGUGCCAAGAAUUAUCUCAGGACCAAGAAGACCAAAUUUGUAACAAAAAGUAGCGGGGAAAUAGAAAACGAAUAUUUUCAAGAUAAAGAUACAGAUUCUGUUGCUGGAUCCAGCAUCAAAAGCAGCCCAAAACUUAAUAGAAAAGGGAGAAAUUCAGACAGCCCUGAUUCUUUGUCUAAAAGUGUUAAAUCGACAAAGUUUUCAGGAUUCAAGAGGAACAAUAUCAGAGACAAGGACAGUUGCUCCAAAAAUAUAGAAGGAGACACCAAGUAUACAAAGGGAAGAAAGAGUAACAGUAAAGAUACAGAUUGUAGCAAAGCAUCGAACAUUGACACAAAAUUUUCAAAAUCGCUUUUGGAGGCUAAGAGUUCUAUAGAUCUCACCAUAGACGAGGUAAUAGCUUCAAUGUUGAGUGAUUCAGAAAUAGAUAAUCAACAAGGAGCAACAGAAAAAAUUGAAGGGAAAGUAAAAAGAAGUAGGAAAAUGCUGGUAGAAGAAAAUAUAAUUCCUGACAUUGAAAUUAAAAAGGAACCGGAUACGGAAGAUACUAAGGGUAUAUUGGACGGAGAGACUCUGAGUACGGAAUCAUUCCAAAAUGCAAUUCAAUUGAGAAAAAUUAAGAAAGGAAAGUUAAGAAAUGGAAAAUUACGGCAAUCAGACUCUGGUAUAUCCUCUGACUUGGAUCAAAAGAAACGUCGAAGAUUAAACUCGGAUGAUCCUGUUAAUUCAGAAGUUUCGGUAGAUAACAUUACAGAUAGUAAUGUAGAUACAGAAUCUUGCUUCUCCGAGUCUAGUGGCAGUGAUCCUCAAACAGCUCUUGUAACAGCCAAAGAUGAACCUUGUUUCAAGCAGGAAGUGCUGAAAAAUUGCGAAGAUAGUUCCCAGAAUGGAUCAGAAACAGAGAACAAUAAUAACAGUGAUCGAGUAGAUAGAGUUAGUGAAAUAGGACCCACUCUGCGCUCAAAAACUAAAGCCAAAAGUACAGAGAUUGAAGUAAAAAAUGACAAUAUUAAAGUUGAAUAUACGAGACUAGCACCUAAGAGUACAGAAGUACAGGAAGACAUAAAAAGAGUAAGCAAUAUAGAUCAAGUUAGGAAGGAUAAUAUACUAGCAAAAUUUGCUGACAAGUCCAAGAGCCGAAGAAGUAGUUUAAACAUAGAUAUGAAAAAGACAGUGAAUUCGUUUUAUAGUACAGACAAAUCAGAUGGCAGUCCAAAGUCUCAAAUUGAUCAGAUGAUAGAGAAUAUCAAACUCACCAUUGCAAAGUCUAUUGAAAGUAAAAUUUUUGGACCAGAAAAAGGUCUUGGAUUGAGCAAAAACUUCGAGGUACCAAAAAUUGAAGAGAUAAUUGCACCUUUGAGUACAGAGUCCCAGAAGUUGGGAUUGGAGGAGAAUACAGACGAAGAUAUGUCGACUGUUUCUAAAAAUGAGAUCAAAUCGGAUAGUUCAGAAAAUUCAGUACCAAAAGUGGCUGACACUGCCAAAGAAAUUGAGAAACUAGUCAUGGGUGAUAUUGAACCAGCAGAAACAAAUUCUCAAAAUAUUCAAGAAAGCGAGUCUCCCGAAACUGAUGGAAAUAAUAGUAUGCAUAAUGUUCCAGAAGAUGUGAAUGCUACAGAGAAUAAUGAGAACAAUUGUGAAACUAUAGAACAACCGGAAGAACCAAAUGAAAAUUCAACUAUAACUGAGGAGCUUGAAAAGUGUUCGGAACAAGUAACAAAUGGUCAAGUGAAAACGUUGGACGAUGGUAAAAAAACAAUCGCUGUUAGAAAAUCACCCAGAAUAAGUGAUAAAGGUUCUCCUGAAAAUAAUGAGACUGUUAAAAAAUUAAGCAAAGCAACAAAUAAAACAGUUCACAAGUCUGAUAACAGUGAAGAAUCUUUACAAGAAGAUACACACAAAUCUGCUUCUGAAGAAUCACCCGAAAAAUCAACAAGGAAAACCCCUGAAUCUUCUAAAUCUUCGGCUGAAUCUGUUGCUUACGAAUCUUCAAAUAAUGAAGUACAAAUAGAAGUUGCAUCUGACCAGAUAGAAGAAAGUUAUGAAGAGGAAGAAAAAACAGUUGAAACUGUUGAAGAUGAAAUGAUGUUUUCAUUGAAUCUUUCUACAACUUCUGAAGAACCAGAAACAUUGGAGAGUAUUUCGAAAGAAGUAGAAAGAUUAGUAGCGGAAAAUCAACAAAAGAGUAAGUUGCAAACAAAAGACGUUAGAGAGGAUGCUACAGCAGAUGCCAGAGAAGAUGCACAAGAUAAGGAAGAAUCAGGUAUUAAAAACAUAACAAAGUCUGCUACAUCUGAGAUAGUAUCAGAUAAUAAUAAACAAGAAGCAACUGUGAAUAAAGCAGACAGUGAGUUAGAAAAGAGUACCGUACAACACAAACCCAAGGCAACAGCGAAUGCCAAAGAAGACGAAGCCAGUACACCAAGUGUGGUGCAGGACACAAAAACAGAUACGGAUAAUAGUAACAUAUCAAUUGCCUCUAACUCAGACUCGGAUUCUAAAGAAAAUGCCAAUUUAGUCGCUAAUGAUGAUACUUGUAUUUCCCUUGAGGAUAGUAAAAAAGAUGCAGAGAAUGACACAAUAAGCGAUAAAUGUGAACAGAAUAAUAUAUGCAGCAAUACAGAAAACAUCCUCAGCUCUGAUUUAGAAGAAAUAGAAACAAGUUUAAGUAAAAAUUCCGAACAGAGUGAAUCAACAGUCACGGAGGAUCAAGAUGAAAAUUUGGCGACUGACAACGUAGUGGAGGAACAGAAAUCUGUCGGUGAAGAUAAGAAAAUGGUGCUAAGGGCUCGGGACAAAAUAAAAAAGGCUGAAAAAGGACAAACGGUCUCUAACAGAGAACGUAGUGACAAUUCUUCCAAACUCAAAACGGAAGAAGAAGAUGUUCAACAAACACAUGACUCAACGCGUAAUGUCAACGAGGAGGAUAUGACGGAGGAGAAGGCAGUGAGUGUGCCUAACACAGAAGAUCCAGAGGAGAGUCAAAACAACGCCGAAUUGGAAGCAAACGAUUUCGAAACUCAGUCUCGCUCUCGACGCAGCAAAGAUGUGAAGAAACGCAAGGAUGAUCUGUCAGCUUCUUUGAAGACCAAACGACCGAAACGAGAAGCACGAAAAUCUGAUCAGCAGAACAAAGAAGAGACCUUAUUGGACAAUGAGGUUGCCACGAUCAAUGAGAAUAACCGAUCAUUUUUGAAUAAGUAUAGAGACGGUGUAGAAUGCGCGACCAAUUUCAGAGGGUUUUCCGAGGGUGGCAGAGGUAGCUUGGAAAAACACCAAGAGACCGGAGACAGUGCACGGAGCAAGUCGGAGAAUGACUUGGUAAUCGCGAAGGAACCUGGUAAAGCAAGCUGCGAGGAUAGGCUGGCUAGAAAUCUUUCAGAAAAUCAUGUGACCAAACAAGCAGAAAACAUUGACAUGUUGGAAACAGAAUGUAAGUCAGCGAAAACCCCGGAAACAUCGCAGAAAGAUUCGGACGAGACAUCUACGUCUGGCGAGUCGUCUAGUAGUGUAAAUGUUACACCAAAGAUUUUGGAGACACCCGAGGACAAAGCCAAGAAGGAAUCGAUUCUACGAUUGCUCGGUCUAGAGUCUCUGGAAAAAGCUGCGGAGAGGCUGAACCAUCAGAAAGCAAAGAAGGAACAGUAUACCGGGACUUUGAAGACUGUGAUCAGGGUGCAGAAGGAGAAGGACAGGGACAAGCGGCGUUCGAGGUCUCCUUUAAAGAUGGUGUUGAAGCAGGGUCGCGGAGAUGGAGAAGGCGAUUCACCAGAAUUCUACACCAUUCAAAAGGAGUUUGGAACCAGUGGUUUGGGAGAUAGCAGCUCUGGUGCGAACCGAAAGUUCUCUACUAACCACAGACACUCUUGCGACGAAGAUAUCGAAGACGCUGCGCCAAAGGAUCGCCAGUCUCUUGUGAUCCCAGAGAAGUCCUCCUCGUUCUCCAUUCAUCCAGGACGUUUGUGCGCAGAUGUGUGUUGCUACUGCUUCGGGAAAUUUGGUUCUCUCGACACACCGAUGCAUCUGGCCCAGAUGAAGUCAGAUGAAAGACGCAAGAAGAUUCUAAACAUAGAGCGACACCUCACCAAGGACUCCUGUUUGUGCGACGCGUGUUACCGCCAUGUAGAUAGAAAGGCAAAUACAAGUCCAACGAACAUGCAAACGAAACCACAGAAACAGCACCGACAACUGAUGGUAUCCAAGUGUUCAGCUCGCGAUUGCAGGGAUGCUGCAAGGCACCACGUUAAACGUCGCUGGUUGUUGAAGAUAAAAGCUGGUUUACAAAAGCAGGUGGAUAUCGAUUGGGAGUCCAGUCAACAUACAUCCAUGUCGUUCUGUGUCAGUCAUUACUCGAAAAUAGAGCGAUUUUUGACUUGCGCCCUAUGCAAACGCCGACUGGCGAGGAAUUACACUCAUCAGUUGGCGAACGCAGAGACCGAGGAGCUGAAUCAACUGCUAGGACAGCAGGGCGUUCCUGUUUUAUUAGCCGCUGGCACUUUUGUAUGCAAGUUAUGUCGGUAUUUCACGCAGCUCCAACUUAAGUACAAGGACGUCGACAACAUGAACAUGAGUCAUCGGUCUUUCUUCAAGAAUUAUCGCAAGAGAAUUCUACAUUACCAUGAUAUCGAGGUUCUGGACAACGAGGACGACGAUUCGUCGCACAACCAAUCCAAGGACAAGGAGAAGCGCAAGAAGACCAAGUGUCCACCCCAGCCAAAGAGUGGAACCUCCAAAUCUCCAGACGCCACGACUAAUUCUACGUCGGAAAAAUCCACGCCUGACCUUAGUAAGAUCGAGGGUACUAACUCCGAGAUGGACACCGAGAAUCGUACGACGAAGACGAAUUCGACGGACGAGCCGAUCGCCGGGGACGUUCAGUAUCUCGGUAUCGAGAGCACGGUGGAGAAACUGAAGAAACGCAAGCUUCUUGAAAUGCAUCCGUACACAACCUCGGACACGACGAUACCAUCUUGCGACAGUCCGAACGAGGUGGUGGAAAUCCUCGCGAUGGACAAAGAGGUGACCCUGACCAGAUUGCCAAAGAGACCGAGGACCAGCAACGACAUAACGCCCGUGGUGCAGAGACUCGGCGCCAAUCCGUCGAUCAGCGUACGCACUUUAUUCCCCGGCGAGGAAGAGAUGAACCUUCACGCGAGCAUCGAGUUCACAAAUGUACGGGAGAUCACGCCCCAGGGCUGGGAGAAGUGCGCAACCAUGAUACAAUACGACAGGGAUACGAAACUUCUCUGGCAAGAGCUGCAGAGACCGUACGGAAACCAGAGUUCGUUCCUUCGACACCUAAUACUUCUAGAAAAAUAUUACCGAUCCGGUGAUCUGGUGUUGGCACCGAAUGCGUCUCGAAACGCGAUUAAUUACUCGACGUCUGUGCAGAAUAGAUUGAUAUCGUACGAAGGACCGGAGAAGAUGGACGAGCCGAUCAUGGAGCCGAUCGCCUCGGAGUAUCACAAUUCACGUCGACUAAGCGGGGGAUACGUGCUCGAGAGGGACAGGCUGUCGUUGCCUGGAACGAGUACGACCACGAAGACCACGACAACGGGAACCGUGCAGCAAUCCGCGAAAGGAAGUCCGUCGCGAGUUCUGAAACUGAAUCCCGGCGUGUCGAUCAUCAAGAAACCACCGCCUAACCUCCAACGAUUGAACCUGCCAUCCACAAGUAACACCGCGAACGGCAACGUGAAACGAAAAGACGGUCUGAAGGCGCCGAUCACAUCCGGCGGAAAGGUGUUCCAACUAAGCGAGGGUGAAUUCAAGCGUCUCCAGACACUGAAGAAACAGAAGCAAAUGCUAUCGGAGAAGUCGAUCAGCCCCGGUUCGGCGAGCGGUGCCGGUUCAGCCAGCUCAACUGGCGUUUCACCGUCGAGCCUGAAAUCAUCGUCGACACAGUAUCAGAAAGCGCAGCUCGCCGCUCAUACGCAGUUCCAGAAGCACCUGAGAAUGCAACAGGAGAUGCUCAGCCGUCAGAGCAGAGGGGAUUUCGAGCCGUUGAUAUGCGACAUACGCUCGUUGGCGAACGAGAACAGCCCCACGCAGAAUCUGUUGCACAACCUGAACUUGCCCAAGUCGAUACAGGUCACCACAAAGACGACGUCCAAUCAGAUCCCGAUAUUGCCGAAAAUCCCAAAGUCGUUGACGGUGAUACCGCAGACCGUCACUAGACCCAACGCCGACAAAUGAGAGAUAGCAAAAGAGAGAAUCGGGGGAAAAAAAAAAGUACAUAAGUGAAUGUGGACGGUCAAGAAUUGAUAAGACAGAAAAAGAGAGAGACGGGGGACAGUAAGUAGUUAGAUGUUACAAUUCUUUUAGACAAGUACACAGACCGCGUGUUCGUCGGUGUGGAUCGGAAACUAGAGGGAAUUUUCGGUUCGAUUUUUCCGUUUCCCCCUCCGUCGAACGAUGGGGAAGGGGGUGGACCGACUCACGGAGAAAGCGAGACAAUAUCUGCCUUAAUCGGGCGCGCAUCCGUGCCACGGUUGCGCGACCGGCAAGCUCAAAAUAUGCGAUAUAAACAAUACGAAGACGCGCGCGUCGUGAAUCGAAUAUUUUCAGUCGGUCAGAGAUGCGCGUGUACGUGCGUAAAGUACGUACAAUCAUAUAGAUAGAAGUAUAUAAGUAACAGAAAACAAAAAAAAAAAAAA